CGUGAGAGUGCCAGCCGUCAUGGCGAGCCUGGUUUGUUGGCAACUCCGGGCUCGGAAGUCGUCCAUGCAAAUCGACCACCUUUCACAACAACGUGAGGCAUUUUGGGAAAUUCGCCCGCACCGCACUGCGCUCAGCAUGGCGUUCUUCACUCAUCUCCGAUUGCGACAGCGAUUGACCGUGAUUUUUCAAAGAGACGGCGCACAUCCCCGUCUAUUGAUACUUUUGAUGCCCCUCCAGCACCUGCGCGGUUUUCGCCAUGCGCUCCGCCAUAUGUGUCACCGAACUUCGCUGCACCCGUGCUCAUGUCUUCCCCCAUACUUCCCCAACAAACACGUUCGGGAAAUAGAGCCUCCGUUCAUGUUGCACGCUCUCUGUUCAAUGCUGUCACACAACAUCCUUCUGGUGUUGUUCCCGUGCCAAGUUUCACUUCUCCGGAUGCCCCAUCCUUCAGUUCUGGUCAGGUAUGGCGACGUCCGUUCAUUGCAGACUCUAUGGUGCCUCACUACGCCGCUUCACAUGAUGCGCCACGCUUGGAUUGUGCACCGAUGUUGCCUGCUCCGCUUCCUUCUCCUUGUGACGGUCACGUGCUGCAGCAGUCAAUCAGCGGAGCUGCACUUGGUAUGCGAGUUUUGCGACAACCUCCCGUCGCUGUGCAAGCGCAUUCCGAAGGUGGUGGGCAGUCUGGUCAUUUGGAUGUGGUGGGCGGGACGGCGGCAUUGUCAGCUCCCACAGUUGCACCACACCGUGACCCCUCUCGGUCAGCGGAAUCUUGCCCUCUUACAACGCCGUCCACAUCGAGCGCCGGAGGCACGCCGAGGGAAAAAUACAUUUAUCUCUCAUUGCCGAGCACGAUGAGGAUGAAGACGUUGAAGGAGGCUGUUAGCAAAAAGCACGGGAGAAGCGUAAACAUCGGUGCCCUCGUUGAUCGGUUGCUGUUUUGGUCUUUGCCAUCUAUACGGUUAGAGUAUGGGGACGAUGUGGGUGACUCAAUCGAACGAUCUUUGCCUGCUUCCGCGAAAGCAACUGUGUUCAGAUUUGAUGACGCAGUGGCGUCGGACUCAUCGGUGGAGAUUGACACAGGAGAUGACUGCGGUAGUGCAUGUGCUGCUGGUGAUGCUUCGGUGGGAGGUGGCCUCCCAUCACAUCGUUUUCAAGGGAGUCGUAGGCAUGGCUGCCGUGGUCGUCCACCUGGGAGGUCACAACGUGGAGGCAGGAGCGCAGGGCUGACAAAAAGACGAAUGUGGUUUGACGGGGUUGAUGGCAAUGAGAACUUGGGUCCGAUGCACGAGCGGGGUGAUGUCCUUCGUCUGAUGUCAAUGUGGGAUAUGCCUAACAAGCCUGAUUUGGUUUUUAUGGAACCUGUGAAGCUUUUGCAGCUCUUGGGCUUGUUUGACCUGCGCUGCCCGUCUCAUGGUGCCGCUGGUCUAGUAGACGUGGAGUCUAUAUCUUAUCCGGCACACAUCUGCUGUCUCCGGUUGACGUGCACGAAAGGAUGCGUCUGGGCGUGGAAUUCAUGUUUCGUAAAAAAUGAGGUGUGGAAGUCGAGGGUUGAGCAGCAAUUGUUUCAUUCGGCGGUUAGUACGGGCACAACAUACACGGUACUCAACUCGUUGUGCACGGGCCUGGGGAUGAAGACUGUGAACAAGGGCAAAUUUUACAAGUUUUUCUCAGACGUUGGCGGCACCAAGGGUGGUUGGAACACCAAAACUGUGAAGCUUGCCUGCAGGUUUUUUGAUGCAGCAAUCCGCACGGUGAUGGAAGACGGGAAACCUGUCACACUAAUGAUCGAUGGUCGGUAUGACUCCUCGCGUUCCUCGCAACAUUGCACGGUGACAGCGAUGGAUUUUCAUACUCGACUCAUUGUUGGGAUCGUGACACUGCGUCCGAAGUAUGGAGGGAAGGCAUCGUCACAACUUGAACCUCCCGCUGUUAUGCGACUUCUACAAGAGUUGGAGGAACGUGGGUUGGCAACACAAGAGGUUGUCACAGAUGAUUGUCAGGCUCUCGGUCCGGGUUUUCGGGAGAAGGGUCUUCGUUGGCAGAAGGACGUAUGGCAUAAAGUUAAAAACCUUGCCAGAAAUUUCUCAAAACACGUGAAGCUUGGGAAGGCAACGAAGAAAAAAAAUCUUGAAGAAUGUGAAACAGAGGCGCAGAUUAUGCAAAUGAACAAGGAGGACAUUGUUGUUGCGCAUGACAGGCUGUUUCCUAACGAGAAGCUCACUCCCAAGCAAAGAAGAUCCACGAAGCCCGUUAUUGUGGACUUGGUGUUCAAGAAAAUGUACCCGGAGGGGAAUGCAAGGGCAUCAACACGUGUUGUUGAUCCGGACGGCGUUUCGGAGUACCACCUUCUUGAGUUGAGAAGGUGGUUCAUGAAAGCUUGUGAGUUGAGUGCGGGGGAGGGGCUCGAUGAUGCCAGCACUUUGGCAUCUGACAUUCAUAUGCUGGUGGAUCAUUGGGCUGGUGACCACAGUCGGUGUGUUGGCGAGCGACAGGCGUUGUGUGAGGUGGCUGGUGGCCCGUGUCGCUUGCCUAUGUUCUCAAUUGCGGCCGCCGCAUACAAAGAUGCUUCAUAUUUCUUCGGCAGGCAGUGUUCAGUGGAGAAGAUGUCUCAUUACACAUUGAACAGAGCCACGUCCGCUGUUGAAACAUUUCAUGCGAACAUCAACAAGUACUGCUCGAAGAGAAUUCAUUUCGAGAAGUCGUACGACGCACGCGUAUGCCUUGCGGCACUUCAUUGGAAUUGCAAUGCAUGGAGAGACCCUAUCGACUUUGUGCCUCGGAUACCCGCUGGGACCUCCAUCCGACAACGGCCUGGUCACAUGCACAACAACCAGCCUGUCGACCUGUCUUGGUGAGAUCGUCUGGCGAAGUACAUGUUCGGGUCCUCCAGAGUCUCGGAUUGGGCACAACAUUUGCUA